AUGGUGUCAUUCAGUCUCGGACCACUCUCCGUUUUCACGCAGUCGCGUUAUGUCAUUCAUCUCUCAGAUGGCAAGCGCCUGGUAUUGUUCCGCUUGCCGUCAAUCGAGCCAUCGAGUGGGAAAAGUAAAGGUGCAAAUGAAACAGAUGACGGAUGGCUGUAUUACGCCAUGGAGGCCGAAUGCCCACAUGCAGGUGGCCCUAUGCAGGAUAGCCAGGUUGACAUCGAGGAUUCGGCUUACAUCGUGUCAUGCCCAUGGCAUGCAUAUGACUUCAACGUAGAGACGGGCGAGUCGAGUGUUGGGAUCACGGCCUGCACAUUUCCGAUUAAUGUUCAUGGCGAGUGUGUAGCCCUGCACUAUCCUGGGGACAGUGUGACCGCCACCAAAAUCGAGCCCGUGAGCGAGAAGAUGCGACUGAAGAACGAACGGAGAACAAGGUCUACUCCCAAGACCCAGGAACCUCCGCCACCGGAAACGGCUCAGUAUUUAGAUGAAAAUGCCACUCUGUGCGACUGGUGCGCACAUAUUUUGAAUACCUCCAAUCCGGAGCACAAAAUCGAACUGACAGCUCAUCUGUUCGCUACAUUUACCGAAAGGGAGAAUUCUUCAUCUCCCAUGCCUCUUGGACGGGGUACCGUGGCUGCUCCGGCGCAACCGCCCCGUGACGGCCUGACGUCCGUCAGGCCUUGGGAGAUGCGCAAGACUGGAAAAGGCGGUACUUUGAAGAGUAGGAUUUCCAUGCUACAUGCCCUAGCCAAUAUUGAACAAUGGGCAAUCGAUCUCGCUAUCGAUAUAUGCAUCCGAUUUGCUACUUUUCAUACGGAGCCAGCGUCGCAGGGCUGCUCACGGGAGUUGCCCCGAACCUUUUUCCAUGACUGGCUAAAGGUAGCCAACGAUGAAGCCAAGCACUUCUCUCUACUUCGGGCUCGUCUCGAAGAAUUGGGCUCUUAUUUUGGCGCUCUUCCCGUACAUCAUGGCCUCUGGGAUUCCGCGACUGCCACAGCCCAUGACCUUCGUGCGCGGAUUAGUAUCAUUGCCCUCGUGCAUGAGGCCCGCGGUCUUGAUGUGAAUCCCAUGACCAUUGACAAGUUCCGCAAAGCCGGUGAUAAAGAGAGCGUGCAGUCGUUGGAGGUCAUCCACAACGACGAAAUUACUCAUGUAACCACUGGUCAUCGAUGGCUCACAUGGAUUUGCCGACAAGAAGAGACAGAUCCCAUCCAAGUUUUCCGAUCGAAUGUGCAGAAGCAUUUCCGAGGUGCUCUCCGAGGGCCUUUUAACACGGAAGCCAGGGCGCAGGCAGGGAUGAAUCAACAGUACUACGAAAAUUUGGUCGGUCUGAAUGAUGUUGAAGUAGCCUAA